AUGACUGUGACCCAAUUUCAUGUUAUCCCCAAAAGGUGUCUCUGUGCUGUGGACCCACACAACGUAACAGGGGCUGUGGAAUUCCUCCUCCUGGGACUCUCCGAUGAUCCCCAAGUCCAGCCUCUCCUCUUCUGCCUCUUCCUGUCCAUGUACCUGGUCAGCAUCACGGGGAACCUACUCAUCACCCUGGUCAUCACCUCUGACCCCCACCUGCACACGCCCAUGUACUUCUUCCUCUCCAUCCUGUCCACGGCUGACAUUGGUUCCAUCUCCACCACGGUGCCAAAAAUGAUUUGGGACAUCCACACUCAGAGCAGAACCAUGUCUCAUGCAGGUUGCCUGGUGCAGUUGUCGUUUUUUUAUUUUUUCAGUUGUCUGGAUAAUUUAAUUCUAGUUAUAAUGGCGUAUGAUCGCUUUGUGGCCAUCUGCCAUCCCCUGCACUACCCUGUCAUCAUGAACCCCCACCUCUGCAGCCGGCUGCUUCUGCUGUCCAUUUGCACCAGUCUGUUGCAGUCCCAGCUGAAUUGCCUGAUAAUGUCACAGCUCACCUUCUGCACCCACGUGGAAAUUCCACAUUUCUUCUGUGACCUUCCUCAACUCCUCAGUCUAUCCUGUGGGGAUACCUUCGUGGAUAACAUGUUACUCUAUUUUAUCGCUGCUAUUUUUGGGGGAGUGCCAGUCUCAGGGAUCCUGUACUCUUAUUCCAGAAUUGUGUCCUCUGUUUUGAGAGUCUCUUCCAUGGGUGGGAGGUACAAAGCCUUCUCCACCUGUGGUUCUCACUUGUUUGUUGUUUGCUUAUUUUAUGGAACAGGCAUUGGGGUGUACGUCAGCUCGAUUAACUCCGGUUCUCCUAGGAAGGGGGCAGUGUCUUCUGUGGUGUACACAAUUAUUGUCCCCAUGCUGAACCCCUUCAUCUACAGCCUAAGAAACAAGGACAUCAAGAGAGCUUUCCAGAAGCUUCUCGGUAGAAGACCAUAA